UGCCGGUGAAAGCCUCUCGCUACGUACUGGCUAAUGAUUGGCACGCUUGACAGUGAUUGGCAGCGCUGCCAUGGCAACGGCGCGGCGACACCAAGAAGACCAAUAGAAAAGGGAAACAAAAUGUUUCAAUGCUACACUCAACGGCGGAUUUAGGGGGGAGAUAUUAUGAGGCUGGUGUCAUUAGGCGAUAGCCAUUGAAUCAUUCGAUCUCCUUUUUUUUUUGACGCGCAACUUCGCCGUGCUGGCUCUGGUGGUCGGGCGCUCCGUUCGCCCCCUCUUUUUUCUCUAUCGUCUGGGUCGCUCUCUCAGGUCAUUUCCAUGGUUUUCCGAUCGCCUUUAGAGCUUUAUCCCUCCCAUUUCUUCCUGCCCAACUUCGCUGAUCGCCCGCUGCUCCUGGCGAACAGCGCGCCCGCCGCCCGGUCCCCGGAAGACUUGUCCAUGUUCCAGCUACCCACACUCAACUUCUCCCCGGAGCAGGUGGCGAGCGUCUGCGAGACGCUGGAGGAGACCGGGGACAUCGAGCGGCUGGGUCGCUUCCUCUGGUCCCUGCCCGUGGCCCCCGGAGCGUGCGAGGCCAUCAACAAGCAUGAGUCCAUCCUGCGCGCCCGGGCCGUGGUGGCCUUCCACACCGGCAACUUCAGGGACCUCUACCACAUCCUGGAGAACCACAAGUUCACCAAGGACUCGCACGGCAAGCUGCAGGCCAUGUGGCUGGAGGCGCACUACCAGGAGGCCGAGAAGCUGCGCGGACGUCCGCUGGGUCCGGUGGACAAGUACCGGGUGAGGAAGAAGUUCCCGCUGCCUCGGACCAUCUGGGACGGCGAGCAGAAGACGCACUGUUUUAAGGAGCGGACGCGGAGCCUGCUCAGGGAGUGGUACCUGCAGGAUCCCUACCCGAACCCCAGCAAGAAAAGGGAACUGGCGCAAGCCACCGGACUCACUCCCACACAGGUCGGCAACUGGUUUAAGAACCGGAGGCAACGUGACAGAGCCGCGGCGGCAAAGAACAGGCUGCAGCACCAAGCAAUAGGACCCGCCGGCAUGAGGUCCUUGUCGGAGGCCGGCCUCACCCCUCACAGCUCGGCCGAGUCGCCCUCCACCGCGGCCAGUCCCACCACCAGCGUGUCCAGUAUGACGGAGCGGGUUGACACCGGAACCUCCAUCCUGUCCGUCACCUCCAGUGACUCGGAGUGCGACGUAUGAUACGCAAAAAAAAAAAAAAAAAAAAAAAGAACAGUCAAAACAAAAACAAAAAAAGACACUCAAAACAUACAAAAACACGCAAGAAAAAAGAGAAAUAUUUACAGGGGGAAAAGGACCUGAGAGGAAGAAAAAAAAGAGACUUAUGAAAUAUCGCGGAUGGAGGAGGCUGAUUGAUAUAAAUAUUGAAUAAAAAGAGAUAAAGCACGUUGUUUUUUAUUAUUAUUAAAAGCGCUUUUAAAAAAAAGGACCACUCCUCCUCUUCAUCAAAAGCCCCCCACACACACACCAUAGACUCUAUCGCAUGUUUUUUUUUUUUUUUUUGCAUUCUGCAAAACGCAAGAUGAUUUUUUUUUCAACCAGGAGCAUCGAUGCAGAUGGAAUUUUAACAUUUUCACAUUUUUUAUGAUGAAGAUGAUGAUGAAGAAAAAGCCGUCAAGAUGCAUUUUUUUUUCAUUUUUCCCCCCUCCACCUUUGUUUUUGUUUUUUGUUGUUGUUGUUGUUGUUGUUUUUGUGUUCAUCAGACAAUCAUUUCAAGUCAUAAAAUGUAUGACUAAGCACCUUUUUUUCUUUAUUCCAAGAAAAAAAUAAUAAUCCUGUCACUGUGGGGUCGAACUACUUGUAUGUUGAUGACUGUAUCAGAUUUUUAUUUUUUAUUUUCAAAAUUUUAUAUGGAAUGAUGUAUAUAAAAUGUGGAACAAAAAAAAAAGAACGCCAUCAUUCUCCCGCUGUGUAAUAUACGUGUAGAAAUAUGCUUGUAAAUAAUUAUUAACGCCCACCCAUCACAUCUUCUUGUUCUUCCUCUCGUCUAAUCCUCUUUUCUACCCCCCCCCCCCCUUCAAACCCACGAACCCAACCCCACUUUUCUUGGUGUUCAUAAAAUAUUUGUUCAAAACUUAAACCACUCCAGUGCUGCAGGCCCGUUUGUUGUUAUUGUUGUUGUUUAAGAUGUGGCACCAUUACGCACAAACGGCGCACCCAAAAUCCACCCUAAAAAAAAUGUUUUUUGUUUUUUUUAAAUAAUCAAAUAUAACAUUUAAUUGAAAUGUCAGCAUCAUGUGCGUCUCUCGCAUUGGCUAAACCCGUGUUCGUAUUGGCUUAUUGCUGGAUUGCGCACGCAUUAACGCGCAUCUUUAUGGCCGCAACUCACCUAAAACCUCUUAUUGUCAUUAUUAUCUUCUUACCGGAGCUCGAACCACGCAAAUUCCUAUUUGUGUUUAUUAAAAUAGGUGCACACAUUCUAACCAACGACAUGUACUUAGAAAGGGGGGGGGGAAAUGCCGAGUGCCAUUUCCCCCUUUUGUUUACGGUUGCUGGUGAAUGCAGAAAUUAAGUAAACGCGCCAUUAAAGGGCCUAAUCGCAAUGGUACUCCUCCCCCGGCCCAGU